CCUCCGCUCACUGGUCAGAUUCCUGCCUUGUGGAUUCUUCAUUUAAAUCGUCAUUGUGUUACACCGAUCUCUGCCCCCAGUAAACCAGACAGCAGGUGGCGCUGUGCUCGGACCGUCUCCACCGUCUUGUGCGUCCACCCGCGGCGCUGCGAGCCGGCGGAUUGCGGCGGCCACGGAGACUGCAAAGAUGGCCGCUGCCGGUGCCGGCCGGGCUGGCGGGGCGCCGCCUGCGACGCUGCGGCCUGUCGGCCCGCGGCCUGCGGGCCUUACGGGGUCUGCACCGCCGACGGCUGUGUCUGUGCUGCCGGUCGGAGAGGAAAGCUCUGCAGAGAAGGUAAGCAGGAGGAGCUUCACCUUUACAUCAAUGAACUGAGCAUCAUCAUCUUCCUCCUCUCCUCUACAGCCGGUCUCCGAUUGGCCAGGAGGACGUUUACGUUGAGGAGACGCGAGGAGACGUGCUCAGGAAACACGUAUCUCACAGAAGGGACGUGGCUGUUGAUCUCCGGGGGUCUGGCCUCGCUGCUGCUGCUGCACCAGCUGCAAGUCCUCCUGCGGGCCGGGGGCCGCUGGGUCCGCCUGGAUUCCAUGUGGACCCGCCUCCCGCUGAGCGGCGUCCGGGACGAGCAGCUUCCCCUUCGCCGGAGGACGACCGCCAGUUGCUGACAUUUUACUUUUGGGGGGGGCGGGGACCCCUGAAGAUACAGAGACGAGUGGAUCUGAGGUCACAUGACCUGAAGACGGAUUACGAGGCACCAGAACCACCAACAGAGGCCCGAGAUGCACAUGUUGCUUCACAUUCAUAAACUCUGGUUGGGAUUAUUAUGAAACAAAUGGGAUCAGGACUCCUCCCCUUUUCAGGUGAAAGUAAAAAGAAAUGCUUUUAUUGAUCAUGUUUUGGGGGAUAAUAAGUUGAAGAUAUUGAGGAGCUUUAAACUAAAGAUGGCGACGAUAUGUAACGUAAGUACAUUUACUCCAGUACUUCAAACACUGUCAUAUUAAAAUAUUGGUAUUAAUUGUGAGUUUUUAUUUCUUUAUUUAAUAUAAACUAUUAUUUAACCAGGUGAGUCACAUUGAGAUAAAAAAAUCUAUUUUUCUAAGUUGAAGAAACUAAAAGUCAAGAGACAGUCAAUAAUGUGCUGUUGAAGGGGUUGUUGUUGUGACGCGUGUAGUUGAUAUUAUGAUGUUAUUAUUUUAAUUUUAUAAUUGUCUUGUACAAACAAAGGCUGUUCUCUCUGACCCGUAUGUUUCCGGAGGCGCGGGACGGCUGACGCGUGUCACGUGGAGAUGACGUCACGGCGUGAUGGCGGUCAGGUGACCGCGCUGGGUCAAGUUAUUUGGUUGAGUCAACAAUACCGGAAACGGCUGAAUAUCACUUUUAAAACAAAAGGCUCAAACUUCUUUAAAAAAUGUUUGCCUUUCAUUAAAAAUGUAAACUGUCAAACUAACAUCUAUUGACAAUAGAAGCUAAAAGAAGUGAAGUGGGCUGACAUCACAAACACACACACACACGACGCGCUUCUAUUAAAAAUACUUUUAGAAAAAAAGUCUAUAUAUAUAAAAUAAACCGGUCUUUUAUUUUGGUCAAACAAACCGGAAGACGUGUGACGUCGUCCCGCUGGGUUAAGUGGGGACCAGCGCGCGGCUCUUCAAUUCCCCCCUUAUGGCUGCAGCGGCGCUCGCGUGGCUGCUCCUGUGGCUCUGCGUCCGGCGGCUCGAGACCACGAACGACCGGGUUUCUCUGGGCGACGACGUCCUGCGGCCGUACGCCGUCGGUCAUGGCCCCGCCCACUCCCACCGCCACGUCAGGGACUGCCAGCCCGCC